CUUAAACAGAGUUUAGUAAAAUUGGAAGUCAAUGCACUGGAAUAAAGCAGAGAACAUUAAAACCAGUUUAUGAUCAACUAAGAAACCCAAUAACAAGUAGGCCUACUCAAUAUACUUAUUAAUUGGGGCUUAGUUAGUAACUAUUAGUUAGCCAACAUAAUCAUAGUUUUAACUUCUUAUGAGUAGCCUACCAGUUAAACGGGUUGAGUUAAGGAAAACUAUAGACUAUCUAUAUAUAAUAUAAUAAUAUUAUUUAUAAUUAUUAAUUAACUAUAAUUUAAAUAAUUUUAUUAUAAUAUUAAUAUAAUUUAUAGUAUUAUUAAUAAUACUAAAAAGUAUUAAGUCAAAAUGUACUAUAGUAUUAGUUAUAUAUUUUGACUCUUCUGUGACUGUGUCAAAUAAUUUUAACGAAAUGAAAUGAUUAGGCCUAUUCAGCCUAUUCGCACAGCUGUGCGCGUAAAGCUCAUCGUUUUUCAAAAAUUUCGGUCUUAAUUUGGAGUGUGCUGCUGCUGUUCGGGCUGUCGAAGACUGCUGUCUUGCUGUGAAAGAAUGGAUGUCAUCAAACAGACUAAAAUUAAAAUUAAAUGAUGAUAAGACUGAGACAAUUAUUUGUAGUUCAGACGCCAAUCUUCGGAAAGUUGCCAUUGCAUCAAUAAAAGUUGGUGAAUCAGAGAUCCUAUUGUCCUCGACUGUCAGGGACUUUGGCUUUUAUAUUGACAAUAAACUUAGUAUGAUUCCCCAGAUCAAUUCUGUGGUCAAGGCGUGCUUCUGUCAUCUGCUUGCCCUGGGUCAGCUGUGUCCUCAACUCAAUAGGAGAACAGCCAAUGCUGUAGUGGUAACUCUAAUCCAGUCAAGAUUAGAUAACUGUAACAGUUGUUUGUGGGGUUUAUCUCAGAACCAAAUUCAGAGACUCUAAAGAUACAAAAUACUGCAGCAUGCAUUGUAUCGCAGAUGAAAAAAUCUGACCACAUCAACCCAGUUCUACGAGAUCUCCAUUGGGUUCCUGUGAGUGAACGCAUUAACUACAAAAUUAUGUCCCUGGCGUACAGCUGCAUAGAUGGCUCAGCACUGGAAUAUCUCAAAGAACUGAUUCAUAAACAUGUAGCCUUGAAGAGCCUGCCAACUUCAACACAGUACUUACUUAGAAGUCCUAGUGUGGAUGAACACAGAAAAAAGUCUUAUGGAGUGCGCUCUUUUGAAACGAUAGCGCCAAAAUUAUGGAACAGUUUGCCUCAAUCUUAGAGGGGAAUUGAAAAUGAUAAAAAAAUCAUUCAAGAAACAUUUUAAAACUUUUUUGUUUAAAUAGAUUUCGGAAAACCAGAGCGCAGUGAGCAUGCUAAGAGGGCAUGGAUAAAAAUAUAAAAAUCAAUCAAUCGAUCAAUUGGAUAAAUGAAAGAAUCAAAGCAUGUAACUGACUCCUUUCAAGGCAAAGAAAACUUCAGAGCCCAUGGUACCAGUCUCACUUAGGCUACAUAUUUUUAUUGCUAGCAUAAUAUUUAAUAUAAAUACUAGAAAUUUAGAGUUAUGUCUAGGAGGAUCGACUGGUUAUAUUAGUAACACUAACACAUAUAUUCUGGAGAAGGUCUGAGAUUACUCUCUUAUGAUCCUGGCUAGUACAUUGGCUACCAGCUCCAUCUGCUGAGCUGAACCAUACAACAUAUUCCUCACGUAGGGGUCUCCAACCGCCCUGGCUCCCCCCGGCACUGUGAUGAUUUGGAGCUGGACUUUAUAAAAUUUCUUUCCCAUCAAAUACGGCUUUGAAUACCCUGUAAUAUAACACCAUUCCCUCCCUACGUUUUGCCCCGCAGACGCUUAACACGAGUGAGUUCCCUUGUGUUAUGGCAUUCCUGUCAAAGUUCGCUCACCUCCAGAGCGUGCAAUUUUGCGGUCAACCCAUCCCACCGAAAAACCUUGAGGAAAUUAAUACCGUCACCCCCCUCAUUUCUGCCCUGGAGACAACGAAGAGGAGUAGCGCCCCUUAGUUGUUAUUGCAUUUCUUAACCAGAUUGCUCACGCGAAAGCGUGAUUUUGGAUUCUCACCUCACCCCAAUUAACCUUGAGGGUUGAAGGUCAAACCCGCAACAGUGAAAGUAAUUGUCAUUGGAUGGAAAAACAUAGAACAUUUGAAUCACCCAAUUGAAUCAUCACCUAAUCGCCACCCAACUCGAAUAAAUAGUCUGAACAAGCAACAUUCUGUCUUUUAUGAUCAUGCUCUUAGAACUUAUCUAGCGUGAUUCAUAACUGCAACCUAGGACUUAGCAAGUACACGUCUUUUAAGAUCUGAUCACUCAGUUGUGAACGCUUGAAGUAACUGGACUUAGUACUUCACCAGCGAGAUACUUAACUGCGACUGCUACUAGAGUACUACCUGGUUUCUAUUACUGGACCGACUUACCUUGAGCUGACGCUAGGGGAUUGAUCUACAUCCUACUCCAAACUACCUGUCAGCCACCAAAAGGACUUCGAGUUCCAGUCACUCUCACCACCACGAUUCAUCGCGGGAGAGUCAUUUUCCCCAUCGCAGACAUUCCACGGAAUCUACGACCGGGAACUCCGACUUCGCUACGCCUAGAACAGCUACGAAGGCCGGAACAGGGACACGCUUCUAGAACUGAAGGAAUUCCCUUACUAUGAUCCACCGAGAUCAUCACUAGGACUAUAAAGGAUAAGUCCACCAAGAUUGAGCAUAGAACUUGAGCAAAAUUUAGCAUUUUUAUGAUGAUACCGUUUGUAUGUUAGGGACACUUGCUUUGCAAUAAUAUACAUUUCUAAUUGGGAUAAAGUCCAUUUGAUGAUUAUAUGUUAAGCACCAGGAGUGUGUAAAGGAGGAUUUUGUAAAUAUUGUUAUUCAUUAAAUACUCAUAGUUAUUUAUCCUUUACCUGAGACUUCGUUUCGGUCUAUACUAUAUGUAAAUAGAUAGGUGUUAUGUCUGUGUGGUAGUUUGGCUCAAAUAACGUACCCCUAGACAGAGAGCCAAGAGGAGGUCUCAUACGAGAGAUACUCCUCACUAAUAUAUUAAAAGUCAAAUCACCACAGGCACAUCUAGUGAGGGACAUUGGGUCAGUAGUAACACUAUAAAGGUCGAAUAGACCCUAUGUUGGCCCUUAACAGAGCAGAUGUAUGCACAAUUAAUUAUCCAAUAAUUUUUUUUAAAGAAUUCACAUAAUAUGGAAUUAGGCCUAUAAUAUGGUGUGACUUAAUGAUGGAUUGUAGGCUUUAGUUAGGCCUAUUAAAAUGUUUGAUUUAAAUUGUGCAUAGCUUUGGGCUAGAAAUGUGUUUGUGCCAUGCUCAUUAAAGAUGGAUCUUUCCUACACUACUUAACAUUCCCCCCUCCCGGCUUGGAAGUUGAUCCUAAUCAUUUCUAGAAAUGUGCGUAAUUAUGCAAAAAUUACUGUCUGCCGAAAAUGCUCUGCGUUAUUCAAAAAUUUCGGUCUGCCACAUAACGCUUCCCUAAUUUUAUAUAAGUCUAAUUAGUAAGUAAAGAGUAAUUAUAACACUGGACUUGGAGAACAAAAAAAUGUGUCUGCUACAAUGAGUAACAAUGGGCUUCUAAUUAAAUUAUCUACAGUAUACGGUGGUGGAUUAGCCUAGGCCUGAUACAUAGGCACUUCAGUAAAGUCUGGAAAAUGCAAAAAAACAGAGUAUACCGAUUUCAUUAUCAAAAUGUCGACCUCCACUUCUUAAUUUACUGGUUGUUUACUAUUCUUUUACCAAUUAUAUCUCAGCUUGCACAUUCUAUUUUCACCCACAUCUUUGAGUAGACAUUGUUUUUUCAUUAAACACUUUAUUUUGUUCCAAAAAGGAUUUGAGGUUUUCACUUUGAAAAUAGAAGAUAAAAUAAGACUAACUUUAAUCAUUCAUUAUUUGUUUAGAAAAUGUUUUUUUUUUUAAUUUUAAAGUUGUCCAUAGAUAACAGCAUUAAUUACUAUGUAUCCAAAAUUAUUGAGGUUAGGACCAAUGGAUUGGUGAAGAAAAAUGUGUCCACCUCUUUCACAUGUGUCCCAAAAUUACUUUUUAUUAAUAGCUGACUUUUUAAAAAGUAAAUAACUUGAUUGACACUCAGGAAAUUCAGCUUAUUAUUUUAUUAUUAUUUUUUAUUGCUAAUUUUUAAAUGAAGCGCGAUUAGCCUAGCCCUAAGCUCAGUGCCGUCUUAAGUCAUGGGCCCAGUGGGCACUGGCCCUGGGCCCCUCGCUUAUAAGGGGCGCUACGUUUCUAGGAGACUCACUCUUAAAGAGGCAUCAUGCUUUAUAUAUUUUUUAAUGACCAUUGAAAGAUUUUGAAAAUUUAAUUGGAUCUAAAAUUCCCAAUUUCAACCCAUGAUUAUUUAUCAGCACAUACCAAAAUUAAUAUUAUAAGUGCCAAUCAAAGUUUGACAAUUUUUUAAACUUUUAAAAGGGAAUAGCACUUGUUAACAAGUUUGACUUUUCCCCAGACAUGAAUCGAAAAAUAAUAAAGUAAGAAUCGGCUUCGCAGUACAAUGGGGAAAAAAACGUUUCAACUGGCUUUUACUUGUGCGCAUGGAAAUUGACAUCAUUAAGACCAUCGACUUUAAAACAAUAAUAAAUUAAUUCUCUGCAAAAAAAAAUACGCAAACGAUUAUGUUGAUUUUUAUAAAAUAAUGUAUUCUAUUUGUCAAUAAUGAUAAUUUAUUAUCCACUGUAAUUGUGAUUAUUUAUAGUUUAUUUCUGAUAAUGUUUUAAAACUAUUAUUGAUUUUAAAUGAUUUUGUUUUGUGUAUCAUUCAAUUGAAUUCAUCAAAGUUUAACUUAAUUGAAUGUUUAUUUUGUUUUUUUUUUUUUUUUUAUUUUUUUCCGUGUGGGGGGGGGGGGGACCCCGCCCCCCCCCCCCCCCCCCCGUUUGAGCAUGGUGCUAGUGCCCCCCUUCUCACAGCCCAGAUAUGUUGUGUUGCUAGGGGCCCCAGUGCAUUGCUGUGCCCAGGGCCUACUAUGUUGGUAAGAGGGCCCCGCUUAAGCUGGUUUACCGCGCUAUAUAAGACCUCUGUAAUAAUAAUAAUAAUAAUGUAAAUUAUUAUUAUUAUUAUUAAACUUUAAAAAACUCACUCAGAUCAACUGUAACACAAUAAUUUGUAAAGAGUAUGUGUAACAUAAAGUGGCAAAGUAAUUUAAUGAUUUUGUGUACCCUAAAACAAAGCAAAAAUGAAGUCAAAAAUGUAUUUAUGAUUCAAACAGCUGCAAUAUAUUUUUAAAAAUUAGAAAACUUUUUUAGACAUUUUUUAUCUUAAAUUGUUUUUGACCCUGAUGUUUUAUGUUUUUACCCCAACAAUCCUUUUCAUGAUAUUAUAUACUUUGUCUGAUUCCAAUCAGGCUUUCUAUACUAUUCUUAGGCAAUGUGUAUGUCUUAUGUAUUUCCCACUGUGACUAGCAUCAUCAGGCAUCUGGUAGAAUGCCUUGACAUUCAGUGAAAGGCCUAAAACAGAAUGCCUCUAUUACACACUUUGCAUGUAACAUAUAUGUGAAUACUAUGUAUAUUUCUUGAACACAUUGAUAACUUAAAGGCAGAUUCUGUCUUCAUAUUUGGAAAUUGUGUGUUGAAAUCCAUAAAACACAUUUGUUUUACUUUCAGUACCAUUAGCAUCAUCUUUGUUGACCAGUGUAAUACUACUAAUAGUAGGCUUGAUCAAAACAUGUUUUGAAAAAACUGAACUAACAGUACCUACAUUUAGCAGUACCUUCUGUGCAUACAUUCUGUGCGAUUCAACAAUGCAUUCAUCAUUUGACCUGAUUUUCUUUUCCAUCUAGUGAGUGCAUUCCUGAUUUUUCUGAAAGAUAAAUCAAUCAACAUAAGAUAAACAAGAUGAUAUGCCCAUUUAUUGUGUGUUCCUGAAUGUUGUUGGACAGAUAGCUUAAUAACAAGAGGUAAUGUGUGUGAGUUCCUGAUUUUGGUGUUGAAAAUAAAAUUGACAUAACUGAUAGAUUGUGCCGCCCACCCCUCUUUUUCCUUAUCAACACAAAAAGUUGGACUUCUGUCAAAUAUUAUGUCACAAACCUUUGCACCCCCCCCCCCCCAACCAAAAAAAUGUUUCACAUCACUUCUAAUGUUAUUGUAUUGUCAUUGUAUUAAUAUAUAUUUAAUGUUAAACUCCAAUCUGUUUAUCCGGUCCUAUUUCAAGGUUGUUAAAAUGUAUUGCUGCUCCAAUUGUCUUCUGAUCCACAAAAAUUAUUUUUGCUUCCUGUCAACUUUCUGGUUGUACACUUGUGGUGUUUCCUAUCUAAAACCAAUAGGCCCUUGCUUUUUGUUAAGUAUACAAAAUAAUGAUGAAAAUUGCUGUUUUUCAGUGCAAACAGUUUCAAAUAAGUUCUGCAUUUAAUGUGAUGUCAUAUUGCAUGAUCCCACUACCCUUGUCACAUUGCAUGAUCCCACUACCCUUGUCACAAAUAUGUCCCCCUCCCCCCUAUAUGCAUAACAUCAUUUAAGGCUUGCCCCAACUUGUCUGCAUUUUUUAAAACUAUUGAUCUAUGUAAUUAUUAUAUGCCUGUAAUAUAGUUUUAUUGAUAAAGCCACCUUUUUAAUAAUCAAGCUGAUUUUAACAAUAAAUUUAGUUUUUUUUCUACUUUAUAGGUAAUAUUGUCUUCAUACUUAAUCUCUGAAGACUUGAACUAAAAAUCCACUUCCAACUAAAGUUUGUAAAAUUGACUAAGUGAUAGACUUCUACUAGUGUAGGAUGUAGGGACUAAGUGAUAGACUUCUACUAGUGUAGGAUGUAGGGACUAAGUGAUAGACUUCUACUAGUGUAGGAUGUAGGGACUAAGUGAUAGACUUCUACUAGUGUAGGAUGUAGGGACUAAGUGAUAGACUUCUACUAGUGUAGGAUGUAGGCAACUCAUGCCACUCCCAUGCAGUUAAGAAUCUAAUGUAAAAAAUCUUAAAAAAUAAAGAGAAAUUCCGUUAUAAUUUUGCGUCAAAUUUCUUUUCGAACGCAUUAUUUUGUUACACUAUAUAGUAUAGUGUGAACUGAAAAAAAGAUUUGACCCAAUUUCCGUUUGAUCCAAUUUCCGCCUAUCAAUUUUCCGUCGACAAAAUUUCUUUCAAACAAAUUUCCGGUAACGGAUAAAAUCAUAUUCUUUAUUUUAAAAAAACACUUUUUUGGACAUACCCAUAAUUAUAAACUAGUUUAUUUUAAACACUUUAUUAUGAUACAUCAAAAUAAAAAAAUAUUUUGAUAAAAAUGCAAAAUUUAAAUAAGUUAAAAAUUUAAAAAUAUUUCACAUUCUAGUUUAUUAUAGUUGGAAGAAUGUUUCAAGCUUCAUAUUUGUGAAUUCCAGCAAGGAGAGACAACAUUUUGCAAUGGCUCUGUCUAAUCAUGAUGGGGUAGCCAACAUUAGCUAUCUGUCAUCCAUAGGUAGUUCAUCUCUUAGGAAACUCUGUGCCCUUUUGAGAAAUGAAGGUAAUUAUAAGAAAACUGUAGUACAUUCCAUUGUCGCAUAGGGCAUAGAGCAAAUCAUGUCAAAAGUAAACCUUAGUUAAGGCAGGAAUUAUUUAUAUUUUUUUUACUCAAACUCAUUCUGAUCAGAAAAUCAUUUCAUAACAUGGUAAUGUGAAAAUCAAGUGAAUUUAUUGUAAUUUUAUAUAAUGUUUAUCAGGGCUGUGCUGGGUACUGACUCAGAGACCCGGAAAUUCUAUUAGCAGAUUCUGCACUUACCCGGAUCGGAAAAAAAAAAAUGUCACUGGUCGGGUGAUAAAAAAAGAGAGCUAUUUCUCAUUUUCUAUAGUGUCUUCCAGCCAAUGGGGAGAACUAUAGAACCACAUCAUUUUCUAUAGUGUCUUCCACCCAAUGGGGAGAACUAUAGAACCACAUCAUUUUCUAUAGUGUCUUCCACCCAAUGGGGAGAAAUAUAGAACCACAUCAUUUUCUAUAGUGUCUUCCACCCAAUGGGGAGAAAUAUAGAACCACAUCAUUUUCUAUAGUGUCUUCCACCCAAUGGGGAGAACUAUAGAACCACAUCAUUUUCUAUAAUGUCUUCCACCCAAUGGGGAGAACUAUAGAACCACAUCAUUUUCUAUAGUGUCUUCCACCCAAUGGGGAGAAAUAUAGAACCACAUCAUCAUUUUUACUUAAUUCUUAUAUCUGUUCCCUCCGUCUCCCCCCCCCCCCAAUUACAGUCUAAGCAUCAUUUUAACUACAAAACAGCUCUGCCCUUUCCUCUCUUCUUAACACCUGUUUCUCAAUUUCAAGGUAUAAUUCUGGUUACGGGUCACCACAACUUGGCAAAUAUUAUAAAGGGGUUGCAGCUAUAACAAGGUUGAGAACUGCUGGGUUAGGCUUUUAUUAUUAAGCUAUUAAUAUUUCGAAGCCUUUAACUUUGAUGCCUUUGUGAUAGCUGCUGGUUCCAUAAAUGAUCUUUUCACUUGACCCCAUUGGGUGAAAGACAUUAAAGAAAAUGAAUAGAUAAUUAUUUUUUUGUAACACCCAGCCUCGGACCUGCCAGGUAUUGUCUUAAUGGACCUGGACAGAGUGUAAAAAAACUGCACCCUUCUCAGCCCUAAUAUUUAUAUUGUGUCUCAGCGCAUACUUGACAAAGUUUGCCCAAGGUUCAAUUAAACAACAAAUAUGGACAUUUAAAAAAAAAAGAACUCAUUUGUGAUUGUAAUCUAACUUUUCUUUAAAGAAUGCAACAUUAAAAACAUGACAUGAAAAGAGAUUUACAUCAAAGAAAAACACCGCAAAAAUUUGCUUUACCAAUUCGUAUAGUUUUGAAGGACUCUGAAAUUUUAAAGUUGCAUUUAUUAAAAUAAUAUGUGUACAUUUUUGCUUCUUUUUUCCAGGUCACAGAGUUCUCAGUGGCAAUUCAGCAUUCACACUGACAACAGAAGUCUUGUCUCAUAUUAAUGGUGCUUGUCGACGUCACAGUGUGACCGAGCUUGAGAACCUCCCAGCAGGAAAUGGAGGAGGUUCAUUUUUAGCACUGACAAAAAGGAUGCAAGAACAGCAACAGGCCAUCAAAGCAAAGACAGAGUGGGCUGUUUGUAUUCAGUUUAUUCAAGAUUUCAUGCUCAGCACACCAAGUUUAAAGGUAUGA